UCCAUGUUUUGCAGACUAAUUAGCUAAAAAAAAACAAAUUACUGAGAAGAAAAAAUGAACUGCUUUGAGGAAGUUGUUCCAACGCCUCUGAGUCCUAUGGCAGAUUACUUGAGCAGCUCUUUGAUAAACGUAUUCGUUCUUGGUGUUCUUGAAUCUGAGAUUCCCAUUGAUGAUUCAAGAGCCGAACCUCUGCUUAAGAACGCGUUCCUUCCCAUCUCCACGCGCUUCUCUUCUAUCUUGGUUAUGGACAAGAAGGGAAACAAAGGAUGGAAACAAGUUGAUGUUAAUGUGAAGGAACACAUCAAGAUUCCUACAUUUACAUAUGCCAUGCCACUCAAAUUAUACGACGAGUGUCUUGAUGAAUACAUGUCAAAAAUAGCUAUGGAACAGUUACCACUAGAUAAACCGCUUUGGGAAAUGCAUAUAUUCAAGUAUCCAACAAGCAAUGCUGCGGGAACUUUUAUAUUUAAGCUCCAUCAUGCACUUGGAGAUGGCUACUCUUUCAUGACAACUUUGCUUUCAUGCGUGCAAAAUGCUGAGAAUCCUUCUGUUCCUAUAAAAUUUCCUUCGAGCCGAUCAGUGGAAUCAAAAAGUACCAAAAUCAUGCCAAAAUUAUUACCUCAAACUGUCUCUAUGGUGUUUAAGAGUGCAUUCGAUUUUGGAUGGAGUCUGUUAAAAGAUAGCCUGAUUCCAGAUGAUCAAACACCAAUAAGGUCAGGUCAUAAAGAUGUAGGGUUUCGACCUAUGAGUGUCACAGAUGUUUCUCUCUCUCUGGGUAACAUCAAAGAAGUUAAAGAUAAACUCAAAGUGAGCGUAAAUGAUGUCUUGGUUGGGGUAAUUUUCCUUGGCAUUCAACUAUACAUGAGUGCAAAGAACCAUAAAUCAAGCAGAGCAGAGAGUACAGCAUUGGUGCUGCUCAAUACCAGGAAAAUUAGAGCUUACAAAUCUGCGGAGAUGAUGGAUCAUACCAAUUCCGAGGCACCUUGGGGGAAUAGAUUCCACUUCAUGCAUGUUCCCAUGCCUAUGUUAAGUGAUACCAAUUACUUGAACCCACUUGAGUAUGUGUUAGAAGCCAACAAAAAUAUCAACAGGAAGAGAAAUUCUUUGGCCGUACCGUUGACCGGAGUGCUUUUGCGCUUGUUGAACAAAAUCAGAGGCCCACAGGCUGCUACAAACUACGUGUACAAGAUAUUGAAUAAUACAAGUUUAAGCAUCUCACACAUGGUUGGACCAAUGGAAAAAGUGGCUUUGGCUAACCAUCCUAUCAAAGGCUUAUACUUCAUGACUGUUGGUUUAUCUCAGAGCAUCACAGUGACUAUAACAAGUUACAUGGGAUAUUUGCGAGUUGGAUUUGGAGUAGAGGAAGGCUUCAUAGACGAAUACCAGCUCAAGUCAUGUUUCGAAACCUCUCUGGAGAUGAUACUGAAAGCAGCAAAAAAUGUUGCGAAAACUAGAUUAUAGAUCAAAGCAUGGAAGUCAUCUCGUACUACAAUGUUGUCGCGUAUUUAAUUUGAAAUAUAUGUUUUAUAGCCUACAUAGGUUUGAUGUCGUUCUUAAAAAAAAGGUUUAUUAUCGUCCUACCGAUCUUGGUUUCAAUAAAAACGCCGUCUUGGUUGCGUUUAAGAGAAAAAGAGUGUUGCAGAUUGAAAAACAGUAAUUUACCCUUUUCUCUGGUGUGAAAGGAGUAGGAAAAAAAAUUGGUGUGACGUGUGACAAUAAUAAAUGUAUGGUGUUUUUUUUUAAGAGGAAAUGUAUGGUGACUUCUUUUUUA